GGCGGUGCCGCGGUUGGUCAUCGAAGUCCCCCGUAUUGCACGGAUGCGCCGUCCUUGUUGAGCGGGCGACUCGCGAGCGCGGACCUUCACCGUGGACCCCCGCCUCCUGGUGCUGGACAGUGGUGAACAUGGAGGACUACAAAUUUCUCUUCAAGGUCGUGCUCGUGGGGAACGCCGGUGUGGGCAAGACCUGUCUGGUGCGACGAUUUACUCAGGGUUUAUUUCCACCUGGACAAGGUGCAACAAUUGGAGUUGAUUUUAUGAUAAAAACUGUUGAAGUAGAAAAUGAAAAAGUCAAGUUGCAAAUCUGGGAUACUGCAGGUCAGGAAAGAUUUCGUUCCAUUACUCAAAGUUAUUAUAGAUCAGCACAUGCAUUGAUAUUAGUUUAUGAUAUUUCUUGUCAACCUACAUUCGAUUGUUUGCUAGAUUGGUUGAGGGAAAUCGAAGAAUAUGCAAGUAAUAAAGUUCUUAGGAUAUUAGUAGGAAAUAAAAUUGAUCGAGAAGAUAGAGAGAUACCGACGCACGUGGGAGAAGAUUUUGCACAAAGGCAUGGCAUGUACUUUUUAGAAACGUCCGCUAAAGAGGCGGAAAAUGUAGAGAGAUUAUUUAUGGAAAUAGCAGCUGAACUUAUGGAGCAAGCACGCUGUAAGGAAUUACCUCGAUAUGAAACGAAUACAACUUCAAUAAAUGGUAAAACAACGUCAAUCGGUGAUAGUAGUAAUUGCGGUUGUAGCAGACUCUUUUAAAUAAUUUUUAUAUGUUAUAUUAUACCUUUUUUUAUAGACACGGUGAUUGAAA